AUGGCUUACUUCCUACCCUCAUUCUUCCAGAAGCGGUUGCUCCGAUAUGCCUUGUCUCGUCUGGAGUUCGUCGACACCGAAGCCCUAGAUCUCGACAGCCUCGGCAUUCGCUGGGGUCAACGGAGCACCGUCGAGCUACGGGAUAUAGGCUUGAGGCUUGAGAAACUAGCCUCAUUCCUCCAUCUGCCCCCCUCGAGUGAACUUCUUAGCGCCCGCGUUCGGUACCUUCAAAUCACAGUUCCUGCCGACUUCUACAGCAGUGGGAUCAUCUGCCAAGCCAGCGGGAUCGACGUGCAUCUUAGACUUCCGUCGAAGGAGACCUGUCACGGCGAGUCGACGGAGCAGGGAAAGUCGCCUUCAGUCGGCGAUCACGACCUCUCGCUCGACCCGAUUCUUCCAAACCCGACCGACCUUGCACAGUCAUUCCUCGAGGCCGAACCGAAAGAAGAGAAGGAGGAACUACAAGCCGCCAUCUCAUCUCGGUCUCAAGUAUUACAGCGUCCCUCGUCCUCCUUUAGCAGCGACGAUGAAGACGAGCUUGGUCUGGGUAGUGAGGGUGUUUCGCUACCUAGUUUUGUUGCGGCUUUCAUAAAGGGCGUCGUCGAGCGUCUCCAGGUUCAGAUUGAUGACAUCUCGGUGCGAGUGGAGCUGGAAACGAAACAGGAGGGUCCUCUGAAGAGACAACCAGAGGAGAAGCCAGACUCGAUCACCGGGCUCUUGAGUAUUCGUCAAAUUAAAGUGAAUGCGGUGUCCGCGUCUUCUGGAUCCGAUGAAGCUUUGUCUUGCACGGGGAAACGAUUGGUCUCCCUCUCUGACCUCAACCUCGCCUUAAUCUCCGAACCCAUAGUUUUCUCGAAUUAUGCUCGCUUUACCGAACCUCCCCUGUCACCGUCUACCCCCGUACAACCAAAGUCAAGCCGGUCGCCUAGUCGAGCUCCUUCGCCGUCCCCUGCGGUGCCAUCGUCUUCAAAUUCCACCCUUGACCUCUCGCGUUCGACCAUCCUUGACCGACCACCACAGGAGUUUGCAGUUUCUCGGAACGAUGACCGUGGUGAUGCUCCUGAAUUGGAAGGUUCUGUUUACACGUACGAUGGCCGAUUUUCAGAUGCCGAUACGGAAGAGAAUCGAAGUUAUGGUUACCUAGAGGAUUCCCAAAACCUUUCCGACGAUGAUAGACUGCUCGACAAUCCCGCCUAUCUGGACUCAGUCAUCAACUCUCAAUUUCAGGAUGAUGAUCUCGAGAGCUCAGGUAAUCUGCACCUGCCCCCCAACAAUAGCAAUGAUUCUAGUCGUGGAGAAACACCUCGUCGCCAGAGUCCUGAGCUUAGCCCUAGUGGGUCUGCAUCCCUACAUAGCUCUGGUAGACAAGCGCUGGUACCCUUCAGGCAGCGACCGGAACAUCAUGGUGAUAUAUCCCCCAGCGGCAGUGAUCAUUAUCAUCUAGAAGGUGUGGGCGCCCCUCAGAAAGCGCUGCCCGAAAUUGCUUUCGGGGACGCUCCGCAAAAUGACGAGGAAGAAGCGCGCCGCAUCUCUGGCCCUCCUUCAGAAGCAGGUAGUACUGAUUCGGCCUCCGGCUCUUUUCACGAUGCCGAUCUUUCUGAGUCGAAACUGUUCUCGAACGAAGAGGCACAAAGUAUGUACAUGAGCGCUAUCAGCCAAGGUUCGACCGCCAGAAGCUUCGUGCCGAAUAUUCCUGGGGCUUGGGAUUCUCCUGAAUCCACAAUCAUGAAGGAAACCAGCGCUCGACAGCCAUUCCACACUCCAGGGGAUUAUGAGCAAGCCAGUUACGAUAACGAUGAUCAGGAUGAAGCAGCGGCUGCGACCCCCAAGCUUACUGCUCAUGUCGUACCAUCAAUGCCACAAGAGCACUCACUUGACGACAGCUCAAGGGCGCCUUCUGAGACGACCGAGCAGGAUUCCAUGAGAUCCUCUCAAGGGCUGGAGAAACCUACAGAGAUGGCAAAGAAAUUCUUUAGCGUUGACAAGAUACUGAUAUGGAUUCCAUCAACCACCGAGGAUGACGAAUUGUCAGACCUGGAGGGCGGGACAGGUGAGAAUUUGAAGGAGUCGACUGCUCGCGCGCGAGGUCAUGGAACCGAGAAUGAUCUUCUUGCUUCCAGGGCUCAUACUUCGUUACGGUUCCGCGGCGACUCUAUCGGUUCGUCUCUUCACUCCGAAAUCGCCGAGUCAAGAUACCCGCAACGAGCAGAAAAAGAUGAACGAGAGUUUGGUUCUAGCGGUGAACGGGACGAAGUCGCAGUUGAGAUAUUCUCAGCAGAGCUACAAUUCGAUAUCGCUAUUGGAUGGUUGGUCGUGAAAUUUGGCCAACGGGUCCUCCACGCAUUCGGCCAGGACGACAGCGCAGCUCCUGCAAAGAAGCAGACAAAGGAUGAAGCACAGGGCCGACAAGCUCUCAGACUUGCACUGCAGAAGCUGUCCAUUAAAUUCGUCGGACAUGUACCAGGACACGCAUACCCUUGUGAAGGGUCACAAUUGCAUUCUCCCACAUUCUUCAGCCUACUCCGCGAAGAUAUCGUGCUUCAAACCACCGCAGCUGGGCUGAAAGCGCAUUACUCCACAGAAAGAGACAAGACAAAACUGCGCUUGGAUGUCACCAAGUUCACACUCGGAUUUGCAUCUGAGGAUCUGCUCUCGUUCAGUGAAGAUCUGAAAAUGCGCGAAUCCACACGCGAUGUCUACUCACCUAUGCAUGGUGAUCUAAGCAUUGCUUUGAGCAAAUCGUCCGAUUCAGCGCAUAUCAAUAUCACAACCCUCCCCCUCCUGCUCAAUGUCAAUGUCCAGCGCUUGGAAGAGGUUAUAGACUGGGUCGGUGGGCUGAGCACCAUUCUGGAUCUUGGAAGCUCAAUCUCAUCGAUGUCGGCUACAAAGGUUUCGAAGAAAGACACGCCAAAGCGAGCCCGCGGUGUGCGGUUUGAAGCCUCAUCCCCACCGCCCACAGAGGUGUCUCCGAACGACUCGGUGCCGUGGAAGGUUAAUGCCCGUGUGGGCGGUGUCGCCGUUGAUGUUGCUGGAGAGACACAUUACCUGAAGCUAAGAUCUACGGCCGUGAAAAUUGUCAGUAGAUCUGAGGGUAUUGCCGUGCAAAUUGACAAAGCCAAGUUAAGUGGACCGCUGCCACUUGAGGACACGAAGGAUGCGCCUGCCAAAGUCAACCUCAACAAUAUUCGGGUCGAGUACCUAUUUGCGCCCAAGGAGACUGAUCUAGAUCGUCUCCUUUCGUUGAUCACACCUUCCAAGGACAAAUACGACGAGGAUGAUGACAUUAUGCUGGACACUCUUUUCCGACAGAGGAGACAAGGUUCCGUGCUCCGCACUACAGUCGGCGGCAUAAAGGCAGUGAUAACGCGCACGAAUGACCUGGAGGCCUUCGUUCAACUUGGAGAAGAGCUAGGUAGACUAUCUACUGUUGCCAAAUACCUUCCCGAGGACGACCGACCUGGACUAUUGACCCUCACUCUGAUUCGAGACCUCGAGGUUCAAGUAAAUGUGGGUGGCAAAGUUGGGGAAAUGACCGCGCGCUUGGAAAAUGCCGAAGCGGCCUAUAUCAGCAUCCCUUCGCUUAUAGCUGCCAAGGUUGGAUCAAUGACAGUCCUCAGAAAUGGCCACGAGGAGCUUCUAGGAGAAGGGUUGCCUCCGAAUAUGGGCCAAAGCUCAGUGUCUCAGACCGAGCACCCAGUUUUGAUGGCGCGGUUCAUUGCCGAUGAGAUGGAACCUACGUUCAAGAUCAAACUCCAUAAUCUGCGUGUGGAAUACACGCUAUCGUCGAUCGUCGCGUUCCUCGGACUUAGCGAAGAAAUGACCACAGGCGAUGUCGCUGCCAACAUGGCGAACUCGCUGGCCAAUCUCGCAGAGUUGCAGCCUCCCCAUCACUAUGAUAAAGAAAAAUUGAAUGAGGAGACCCCUAAAGCUCCCUCAAAACCGACCAAGCUGGCGGUUGCUUUACGGGACUGCGUUGUCGGUCUAAAUCCCAGGGGAACUGCCGCCAAAGGUCUGGUGGUGCUCACGAACGCUAAUUUCUCAGGCACUAUUCAUGAUGAUACCUCCUCGGAAGCCACGUUAGAUCUACGCAAGGCGUCGAUUAUGAUCAUAGACGACACGAAGAAUGUGGGACUUGCUGAUACUCAUAGUCGGAGGGCAUCUGGCCUGCAGAGUGAUCAAGUUCAAACCCUCAUCGAUCUAGGCUAUGUGUCCGUGUGCUCUAUAUCCUCCGCGACGGCAACUUUGAAAAUCGUGCAACUCAGCGACGACGGCACUAAGUCGCUUGACGUGGAGCUCAGGGACGACCUGCUUAUUCUGGAAACGUGCGCAGACUCAACGCAAACUCUCAUCAGCAUCGUCAACGGUUUACAGCCUCCAACUCCUCCUAGCGUAGCUGUCAAAUACCGGACCGAGGUUCUCCCGAUUCAGGACAUGCUAGCAUCGUUCUCUGGAGAUGCGUUUACGAUGGACCCAAUUGCAGAGGCUGAAGAGACUUCCGAACCAGAUGAUCGUCCUCGUCCGACCGAAGAAAGUCACAGUGGAGCGGACCCAAUAGAGGAUGAGCUUGAGUAUGUGAGCGACUUUUAUCCUGUGAAUCCAGCCCCGGAGCCUGGCUCUUCGCACGGAGGCAUGGGGUCGUCGAAUGAAUUACUCGACAGUUUCCACUCGCAGUACUACGUAUCGUCGAGUGUCUCAGACCUGGAGUUUCGGGAGGACCACUUUGCCCAGCAGUCUGCGGUGGGAGGCACAGCCCACAGGUGGGACUCGGCUGAAAAUACCUACGGGCUAUCGGACGAUAGUAAACUCCAGAGAAGCCCUCUGAGAAUCAGGGUCCGUGACGCGCACGUGAUAUGGAAUCUUUUCGACGGUUAUGACUGGCAGCGGACGAGGGACACUAUCUCGAAGGCUGUGAAGGACGUGGAGAAGAAGGCAACAGAGCGGCGGACCCGGACAGGGUCCCGUGCAUCCCCUGGUUUUGAAGAGGAAGAAGAGUCCGUCAUUGGUGACUGCCUGUUCAACUCUAUCUACAUUGGUAUCCCGGCCAACAAGGAUCCUCGAGAGCUCCGCGGCGAUAUCAACCGCAACAUCGAUGAUCUUAUUAGCGAGACUGGAAGCUACGCAACCACUACUACGGUCACCGGAGCCACAGCGCGGCAAGGGCAGCCGACAUCGCGAAGAAAGCUGCGGCUUUCGCGGAGCAAGUAUCACAAGAUGACCUUUGAACUCAAGGGCAUCUGCGCAGAUCUUGUCGUUUUCCCGCCCGACUCAGGAGAGACGCAAAGUUCAUUGGAUGUUCGAAUCAAGGACUUGGAGAUAUUUGAUCAUGUACCGACAUCGACCUGGAAGAAAUUUGCCACUUACAUGCACGAGGUGGGCGAGAAGGAGAGCGGGACCAGUAUGAUACACCUGGAAAUCUUGACCGUGCGGCCGGUCCCCGAGCUAGCCGCGGCUGAGAUUGUUCUCAAGGCCACUAUCCUUCCGCUUCGGCUACACGUUGACCAAGAUGCGUUGGACUUUUUGUGCCGGUUCUUCGAAUUCCGUGACGACUCUGCCCCAGCCCCUAGCGCCCCUGAAGACAUACCCUUUUUGCAGCGGGCCGAGAUCAAUGCGGUCCCUGUCAGGCUCGAUUUCAAACCGAAGCGAGUUGAUUAUGCAGGUCUUCGGUCAGGUCGCACAACCGAGUUCAUGAACUUUUUUGUUCUGGACGGGGCUGACAUGGUCAUGCGACAUGUUAUCAUCUACGGAGUGUCCGGAUUUGAUAAGCUCGGACAGACGCUCAACGAUAUCUGGAUGCCCGAUAUCAAGCGGAACCAGCUGCCAGGCGUGAUCGCGGGGCUGGCCCCCAUCCGGUCUCUAGCCAAUGUCGGCGGAGGCAUGAAAGACCUGGUCUUCGUGCCGAUGCGCGAGUACCGAAAGGACGGUCGAAUUGUGCGCAGCAUUCAGAAGGGCGCCGUAUCCUUUGCGAAGACCACCUCCAACGAAUUGGUGAAGCUGGGGGCCAAGCUCGCCAUCGGCACGCAAACCGUCCUGCAAGGCGCCGAGGAUCUUCUGACCACCCCCAGAACUCCGCUGGCGGCCUCCGAGGAGGACAUGAUGGACGAAGAAGAGGCGAAGAAGAUCUCGCUGUAUGCCGACCAACCGGUGGGCGUGGUCCAGGGCCUCCGGGGCGCCUUCAAGGGGCUGGAGCGCGAUCUGAUUCUGACUCGCGACGCCAUCGUGGCCGUUCCUGGGGAAGUGGUCGAGAGUGGCAGUGCAAAGGCCGCCGCAAAGGCCGUCUGGAAACGAGCACCUACCGUUAUACUUCGACCUGCGAUUGGGGUGUCCAAGGCCGUGGGACAGACCCUGCUGGGGGCGGGAAAUACCUUGGAUCCUAGCAAUCGGCGAAAGAUGGAAGACAAAUACAAACGCCAUUGA